AACUCAGAAGAUGACGGCGUUGUUGCCAAAUACUAUAAAAAUAGGAUCUUUCGAAGUUUCUCGGCCUAUUGCUUUUACAUACUUACUUACUAUUUUCUAUAAUGUUACAUUUUUCCUGCAAUUUUCUGCUACGCCAUAUUUAGUUAAACAUCUACAACUUUCCGAUGCGGAUUUUGGGUACAUUCAAACAAUAUUCGGAGUUUUUCAAAUGAUUGGUGGUCCCCUUUUUGGAUAUGUGAUUCAAAAGUUUGGUAUUCGAUAUGCACUUCAUUUAUGCUAUCUGUCUACUCUUUGUUCUGGUUUAGCACUUUAUUUUUCAUUUGAUUAUUAUUCUCUUCUACUAUCUCGUAUUCCCGUAGUUUUUAUGCAUGGACAGCAAGCCCAUCAAACUCUUUUAUCAGCACUUACAACACCCGGAAAAGAGAGAACAAGUGCAUUUGGGAGAAUGGGACUUACAUUUGGAAUAGGUUUCAUCUUUGUACCAAUAUUCUCAAUUGCUGCCACAAAACUUGGAGGAGAUCUUGCUCCACUUCUGGUUUCUGCUGCACUUUGUGCUCUUCCAUCAUUAGUUUUGGAAACGUGUAUUGAGAAAAAAUCAUAUGAGCAUGAAAUCUCAACGGACAAUGCAAAUGGUCCACCACCUCAAAUAAACAUUACAAAUGUUGUUCGCAUUCUUCAAAAGCCUGGAGUAGCAAAUGUUAUGAUUAAGAAAAAUGGUGGAGUUGUUCCUUUCAUUAUGAUAAUUGCAGUACUGAAUUUAUACAUCAUUGAGAAAUUCAAUGCUACCAAUACAGAAAAUCAAAUAAUGCAGAUGAUGAUGGGUGUAUUUAUUAUGUUCUCUAAUGGAUUCGGAGUCAUUUGGCUUAGAAAAAAAUUUGAUGAGCAAACACUUUUAAUAAUCGGAUCGUUGAGUUUUGUUAUUGGCUACACUUUAUUCACAUUUGUCUUUUUCAAUUUCUGGAUGCUUCUUGUUAUAAUGCCAUUUGUUUCUCUUGGAAUGAGUGUAGUUGCAACAUGUGCAGAUAGUCUUCUCACAGCUUUAGUUGAUGAAUCUGAACAGGGAAUCGUACUGGGCACGGCCACAUCUUUAAACUCUCUUGUUCGUACUUUCUCUCCACUUUUUGCUGGUUAUCUUCUCCAAAACUAUGGAUUCCAAUCACUGACUCUUCUUGGAAUUGUUGGAUCUCUUUUAGCAAUAUCAUUUAUGGUUGUGUCGCCGGUCGACGAGAAUCUCAUUAAGAAACACAAAACGGAUUAAUUGAGUUUAGAGUGUAGUACCGAAUAGAAUAUUUUAAUGAUCUUGAACUGUGAUCGAUUCGAACUGUGAUAAUUUUAAUAAAUCUAUGUCAAUUUU